GCAGCGGGAGCAGCGGCGGCACAACGCGGAGCGCACACCGCGCCUUAGCAGCAGUUGCCUGGGAGGCACUCCCGCCAUCACAGCCCUUGAGCCGGUGCCUCCACUCUCUCCCCCUCGGCUCUUCCUCCCUUCGCUCGCAUCAUGGCUGAUCAGCUGACUGAAGAGCAGAUUGCUGAAUUCAAGGAAGCUUUCUCCCUAUUUGAUAAAGACGGUGAUGGCACCAUCACAACAAAGGAACUAGGAACUGUCAUGAGGUCACUGGGUCAGAACCCAACAGAAGCGGAACUGCAGGAUAUGAUCAAUGAAGUGGAUGCUGAUGGUAAUGGCACCAUUGACUUCCCAGAAUUUUUGACUAUGAUGGCUAGAAAAAUGAAAGAUACAGAUAGUGAAGAAGAAAUCCGUGAGGCAUUCCGAGUCUUUGACAAGGAUGGAAAUGGUUACAUCAGUGCAGCAGAGCUACGUCACGUCAUGACAAACUUAGGAGAAAAACUAACAGAUGAAGAAGUAGAUGAAAUGAUCAGAGAAGCAGAUAUUGAUGGAGAUGGACAAGUCAACUAUGAAGAAUUCGUACAGAUGAUGACUGCAAAAUGAAGACCUACUUUCAACUACUUUUUCCCCCCUCUAGAAGAAUCAAAUUGAAUCUUUUACUUACCUCUUGGCAAAAAAAAAAAAGAAAAAAGUUCAUUUAUUCAUUCUGUUUCUAUAUAGCAAAACUGAAUGUCAAAGUACCUUCUGUCCACACACACAAAAUCUGCAUGUAUUGGUUGGUGGUCCUGUCCCCUAAAGAUCAAGCUACACAACAGUUUUACAAUAUAAAUACUUGUACUACCUUAAUGAGAAGGAAGCACUUAGUGGACUCCUUCCAGUUCCAUUUGCUAAUGAUUAAUACACUGUUUGGGCUGGCCAGUUUUUUAUGCAUGCAGCUUGACGAUUGAGCACAGACAAGCAUUUGUAUUAAAAUCAAAAAAUGAAAAGUGAAUUCAAAUCCUGCUCAGAUGGGUUCGAGUUCAAUUUAUUAGUAUAAAUUGUCACGGUUGGUUUACUGAAAACACAGUUAAAAAUUGGUUUACCUCAGGAUGAUGUACAGAAAAUGGGUGAAGGAUACACUGCUGAGAUGUAGCCCCGGUAGCAGGAUGGUCCUCCUGUACUUCCCUGUGCUCCAACCCAUGGUGAGUGACAGUGACACACCGUAGUGGUGUGCCCGCAUAUGUUGGUUUAGCAACUUCUGCGUUGUACUUUGUGAUACGGGUGUCAGGCUGUCGCACUCACAAAUUUUUAAUAAGAAAUGUUUUACAAGGGAGCAUCUUUGGACUCUGUUUUUAAAACCUUAUGAACCAUGACUUGGAGCCGGCAGAGUAGGCUGUGGCUGUGGACUUCAGCACAACCAUCAACAUUGCUGUUCGAGAAAUUACAAUUUACGUCCAUUCCAAGUUGUAAAUGCUAGUCUUUUUUUUUUUUUUUUUUUUUCCAAUAAAAAGACCAUUAAUUUAAAAUGGUGUUAAAUGCUUUGUAAAGCUGAGAUCUUAAAAGGGGACAAGGCACUUGGAGGGGAGGCCAGUGUACAUUUAAGUGCUCACAGCCCAAUGUUGGGCUUCCCUCCCUCCCAAGAUCCCAGCACCAACCUCUGAGCCUAAGACCUUGCCUCAAGACAGGCACAUAACUGAUCGCUUUACCAUAUUUAUUGACAACGUAAGUCUAGUUGCGUUUUCUCUGGGGGGGAGGGGGGAGGCAAAUCAUGGUAACUUAAUGAUUUAUUGAGGCGGUAGAGCUCUUAAGGAAAAAAAACCACUUUCUGAAGCAUGUAUUUAGGGGUUCUUCUCAAUUGUGCUGCUGAUUACCUGUUUUAUGUAACUACUUGAGACCAUCUGUGCAAGAGACAUGAUUUAGUGUGUCUGUAAUUCAAUCCUCGCUGUGUGUGGUAGAAGCAGUAGCCCUUUUCUAAGCCAGUCUCUUCAUGCCUAAAAGACACUACCAGUCACCUUUAUUCAGAGUUUAAUUUAUGAUUAGCCUCCUUUUACUUUUUUUCUGUUUUUGUUUAAAGUUGACUUGACUUAAACUUU